GGACUUUUACUUCCCUCGUCAACACUACGCUUCCUUCCUCCUCGCCUUGAACCAUUCCGCCGGCUUCCCCCUCCUCUUCUGCACCUACAAAGCCUCGUACCGCUUACUAGCAACCAUCCUCCGAUUCGUCGUCCUCUCUUUGCCUUCCUCUGGCUGCUUCCGCGACGGACACAUAUAUGGACGCGUCGGACCGCACGUCGCCGCGCAGCCGGCAGCUGCAGGGCCCGCGCCCGCCGCGGCUCGCCGUCAGCAAGGACUCCCACAAGGUCAGGAAGCCGCCCGUCGCGCCGCAGCGCCACCACCACCUGCAGCCGGCCCCGCAGCAGCACAAGUACCAGCCGCAGCAGCAGCAGGCGCGGGCGCCGGUCAUCAUCUACGACGCCUCGCCCAAGGUCAUCCACACCAAGCCGGGAGAUUUCCUGGCGCUUGUCCAGCGCCUCACAGGCCCGGGCGCUGGCGCCUCCGCCGCCCAGGAUCAAUUCGACGAGGCGGCGGGGGCCGGGCCAUCUGCCGCGCAGCCGAUGGAGUACCAGCCGCGGGAGUUACGGCUCUCGCCCACCGCCGCGCUCUCGCCGGCCGCGAGGCUGGCCUCCAUCGAGAGGUCCGUCCGGCCGCUGCCGCCAGCGCCCUCCUACGUCGCCGACGACUACUCCACGUCCUUUGCGGAUGUGGACAGCUUCGCGGCAGUCCUCGGCCCGCCGGGCAGGCCGGGGAUCCUGUCGCCGGCGACGCUCCCGCCGGUCGCGUCCACGGGGUUGUUCUCGCCGUUGCCGUUCGACCCGAGCUGCCUCUCGUGGCUGGGCGACCUGAGCCCGUUCCUCCCCUCGGCCAGCGCCCGCGCGGCGGGGCUGGAGCCGCCGUUCGCACCGAGCCCGCGCAGCAGCCUUCUGCUGGCCACGCCCACCAUGCCGUCGCCGGCCACCUUCUCCGUGCUGGAGUUCUUCAGCAACUUCCCGGACCUGUAAAUCUGAUUAACCCUACGGCACCCCCUCUGCUGAUUUGAUAAUCACUUCUUUGCCGUCCGGCGCAACAAACACAAGAAUCGAAAUCAAAAGCCGGUUAAUUCCCUAUAAUCACUUCUACUGUCCUGGUAACCUGGGAUGAUGAGCAGGAAUCAAGCAGUUGUUGAGGGUCAGUCGGUGAGAGCAAUGCAAGUUGGCCUGCUCAGUGGUAGCUACUGAUUGAUUAAUUUAUUUAUUGAAGUAGGAAUUUUCGUUCACAAGUUUCCUUGGUGUUAAUGAAUUCUUGAAAUCGUCAACUGCAAGUAGGUAGAGGCUACUAAUCUUCUCAAGUUUUCCUCCUUCUUUUUUAUGUAACAAAAUUCUUGGUGACUAUGUUAUUACUUGUAAACGAAGGAGAUGAUCGAUCGGUUCAUGUAUGCUAGCUUCAUUUGUUGAUUCUUUGCCCUG